AUGAAUUCUCCCUACAAUGAAUAGAAAAUGAAAUAAGCAUCCACCUAGUUCUCAUUCAAGCCUACGGUCUUACCUCAAGUUAUGUCAACUUGCAGAUUGGCUCGCUUUCCGAUGGAUGGAAAACUUGGAGAAUCCUUUCAAGAAUCAAACAAAAAAUAAAGCAAAUGGUAUUUCAGAAUUCAAACAUAAGCAGAGAAACAAGAAAAGGUUGAAAAAGACAAAGUCAUUGAAGUACACUUAUCUGUUAUUAAUCUCAUAAGGAUGUUUAUAUUUAGAUGCAAAAUAAUCAGGAAGAGAUCUGUGAAGAUAUGAAAUAAAAAGACUUGGUUGGCCCAGAUUCAGUUAAGAAUUAUUACCAAACCUAUAAAAAAAUAAAUAGGAUCAAGGAGUAGAAUAAUCUCUUUGCGAUUUAGAGUAAGAUAAGAUCCAAAUUAAAUUAGACUCUGUCCAAACCAAUCUCAUAAUCAAAUCAGAGCAAUUAAGAUUAUUGCCUUGCAAGAUGGGACUAAUCAAAUAGAAGGGAGAGUCUAAAGUAUUGAGUAUAGAAAAUCACAAAUAUGGUGAUAAAUAUGUUGAAGUACUGUCUGAAGGUUUAAGAACUCUCCCUGUAGUUUAAGAUUUCAAUUUCAAUUCCAACAGAAUCAAGGAAAAUGGAGCUUCAUUGAUUUUGCCUUUAAUUUCCAAAUAAGCGAGGUCUAUUGAAAUGGUUUCGAAUAUAAUUGGAAAAAAAGGAUUGGAACCAGUUUUAAAUGUACUCCCAUCUCAGACUUGCAAGUAUCUAUAUCUUAAUGAAUUCUAAGAAUCCAAGUCUUGAAUUUAGAAGACAAUCAGUUGGGCGAUAUCUUAGCUCAGGAGCUCUUUAAGGCUUUAUAAAAAAAUAAUACUGUUAAAUUACUUAAUUUAUCUAAAAAUCAAAUCACUAAUGUUUCUCACACUUUCAUUAAAUAAAUGAUUGAGACUAAUGACUCUUUGGAGGAGUUGUAUCUUCAUUGGAAUUUACUCAAAGGGAGUGGUGGAGCUGAAGUUUUUAAAGCAUUGAUUACUAAUAAGAACAUCAAAGUUUUAGAUUUGUCUUAUAAUUUAUUAGGAUGUGGUGGUUCAAAUUUAACUCCUGUUCUAAAAUAAUUUUUUGAAGACAAUAAAGAAAUGAUUCAUUUAGAUUUAUCAGCAAAUUAAUUCAGUUUAGCGGACAGUCAAUCAAUUUCAGAAUCUUUAAAGGAAAAUCACACAAUCUAUGGUUUUCACUUUUCUGGCAAUUUUGGAUAUGUAGAUUCAAAAGGAUUCUUGAUUAUUUAGAAUGAAAUGAGGAACUUCAAUUAAAUUCAUACGGAUUAUAGAAUUAGAGGAUGUGAAACUCACAGUAAGCCAUACUCAAAAGGUCCAAGAUCAGAAAAAGUAAUGGAUGUUUGUUGGAUCUGUGAUGGUUGGUAGGGCUAGAAGUUUGAAUGGAUUCCAAGUAAUAUUAAUUAUUAAUAUUAAUUUUAGACAAGAGUGGAAAUGCAUCAGAAGAACCGAUAUUCAUUCAUUUUGAUUUUGAGGGAUAUGAAGCUAUUUUUUUAGGGAAACCAGAUGAGAAUGGUAUUUACUCAACAAAUCGAAUGGUACCAACAGGAGAAUUAGAUUAUUUUUAUACUGGAUCUCAAUUGCAAGUGGCAAGUCUGACUGAACCAUAAAAAGUUCACAAUGAAAAAUUUAGAGUGAGGACUAAAAUCGCAGAUUAAAUAAUAGAUGUGUUAUUGGAUGAAACAAAUCAUCAAAAGAUAAAUAAAGGGAAACCUGUAAUAUCGGAUUGGGAUCCAAAUUAUAAUGUAAAGCCAAGAACUGGUGAUCCAAUUUAUAUCCCUGCUAAAAUGAAAAAAUAGAAGCGAGUAUGGUCAUAUCCAAUUUCAAUAUGGGCACCUAAAUACAAAUUUGAUACUGAAGAUCUAUUACGUAAAUGUUUUGAGAGAGAUUGGAAUUGUUCAAAGAUCACAAAAUUUGUUAAGAAAACUGAAGAAUAGGAAUAAAUCAAAGAAAUGUUAUGGCAAAAUUAUAAAUCAAUAANUAAUUGGAAAAAAAGGAUUGGAACCAGUUUUAAAUGUACUCCCAUCUCAGACUUGCAAGUAUCUAUAUCUUAAUGAAUUCUAAGAAUCCAAGUCUUGAAUUUAGAAGACAAUCAGUUGGGCGAUAUCUUAGCUCAGGAGCUCUUUAAGGCUUUAUAAAAAAAUAAUACUGUUAAAUUACUUAAUUUAUCUAAAAAUCAAAUCACUAAUGUUUCUCACACUUUCAUUAAAUAAAUGAUUGAGACUAAUGACUCUUUGGAGGAGUUGUAUCUUCAUUGGAAUUUACUCAAAGGGAGUGGUGGAGCUGAAGUUUUUAAAGCAUUGAUUACUAAUAAGAACAUCAAAGUUUUAGAUUUGUCUUAUAAUUUAUUAGGAUGUGGUGGUUCAAAUUUAACUCCUGUUCUAAAAUAAUUUUUUGAAGACAAUAAAGAAAUGAUUCAUUUAGAUUUAUCAGCAAAUUAAUUCAGUUUAGCGGACAGUCAAUCAAUUUCAGAAUCUUUAAAGGAAAAUCACACAAUCUAUGGUUUUCACUUUUCUGGCAAUUUUGGAUAUGUAGAUUCAAAAGGAUUCUUGAUUAUUUAGAAUGAAAUGAGGAACUUCAAUUAAAUUCAUACGGAUUAUAGAAUUAGAGGAUGUGAAACUCACAGUAAGCCAUACUCAAAAGGUCCAAGAUCAGAAAAAGUAAUGGAUGUUUGUUGGAUCUGUGAUGGUUGGUAGGGCUAGAAGUUUGAAUGGAUUCCAAGUAAUAUUAAUUAUUAAUAUUAAUUUUAGACAAGAGUGGAAAUGCAUCAGAAGAACCGAUAUUCAUUCAUUUUGAUUUUGAGGGAUAUGAAGCUAUUUUUUUAGGGAAACCAGAUGAGAAUGGUAUUUACUCAACAAAUCGAAUGGUACCAACAGGAGAAUUAGAUUAUUUUUAUACUGGAUCUCAAUUGCAAGUGGCAAGUCUGACUGAACCAUAAAAAGUUCACAAUGAAAAAUUUAGAGUGAGGACUAAAAUCGCAGAUUAAAUAAUAGAUGUGUUAUUGGAUGAAACAAAUCAUCAAAAGAUAAAUAAAGGGAAACCUGUAAUAUCGGAUUGGGAUCCAAAUUAUAAUGUAAAGCCAAGAACUGGUGAUCCAAUUUAUAUCCCUGCUAAAAUGAAAAAAUAGAAGCGAGUAUGGUCAUAUCCAAUUUCAAUAUGGGCACCUAAAUACAAAUUUGAUACUGAAGAUCUAUUACGUAAAUGUUUUGAGAGAGAUUGGAAUUGUUCAAAGAUCACAAAAUUUGUUAAGAAAACUGAAGAAUAGGAAUAAAUCAAAGAAAUGUUAUGGCAAAAUUAUAAAUCAAUAAGAGAGACCUAUAGAUAUUAUUCAGCCAUAAAUCCAAGUGGUGAUGUAUUCUCUAUGUCUCAAAAUCCAACUUCUGAAUUUGUGAAUUAAUGUUAAUUAAUAGAUGGCAAAUAGAUGAAGUUGGCUGAUGUUGAUUUAAAAUUUAUUGCAACUUGUAGUGCUUCAUAAUCAGAUUGGAAGGGCAAUUUUAGAAAUCCUGAGAGAUAUUUAGUCAGAUAUUAGAUGAUGGAAUUUUUAGUGAGAUUAUCAGAGGAUAAAUACAUUAGAAAUCAACCUGGUUCUCCAUCAUAUGUUUAAGCCACAAGAAUGAUAUUAGAUUAAUGUCUACCUCAUAUGUCUUAAUUCGAUUCUCAUAAAUGGAGAAUGGAAAGGUACUUUAUAGAAUAAUGUGAUGAUGUAUGUAAGAAAUACAAACAAGUAAUUGAUUAUGUGUACAUGCAUAAUUCAUAGAAAAAGGUGAAACCGGGAUAAGCACCAUUCAUGUGUUUAGAUGAAUUGAAAGAUGUAUGCAAUAAGGCCAGUCUGUUUGAUGAAAAUUUUGUUGAAAGAGAUGUUAAUUUAGCAUUUUGCUUAUCUAUGUUAACUUAAGUUGAUGAAUUAGAAAGUGAUAGACUAUUUUAGAUGUAAUGGAUAGAAUUCAUGGAAGCAUUGGCGAGAAUAGCUGAUAAAUACUCUCCAAUUGGAGUUGGGAAGCAAAGUGAAGUAUUCAGUUAAUAUAAUCAUAUUUAGAAAGAAUGGACCUAUGAAUAAAGGUUUGCACAGCCUCUGUAUUAUAAACUAGAAGCUUUUAUGGUUCAUUUGAUUCAUACUUCAGUCGAUGAAGAAACUAAAAAAAACUGGAAGAUACCUACGGUUUCGAUGUUCGAUGUUAUUGAGGAUGAUGAUUAAUGA